ACUUCCGGGAAAACCGGAAAUGACACGCACGGGACAGACGGUCUGUGAUCGCUUAAAGCUAAAUCUCGUGAUUAAACAGUUCGAGAAAGAGGGUCUGUUCCAGAAAGCGGGUUCAAAAAAUCUUAAACUUAAACUUGAAACCUGACUUGAGUGAGCCAGAUGGCGCAUAUUCUGAUUUUUCUGUUCUACAACAACGGAUUUCAAUUCAAGUAAUCAAGAUCGAUCAAGCUGGGAUAGGUUAAGCCCAAACGGCUUCAAAACGCUUUUCUCCCAUAGAAAGUCAAUGGAUGACGUCACAGUCACUUUGUCCAUAUUUUUUCUACUGUCUAUGGCGCGUUCAGGGUGAAUUUAAAAAGCAAUCUCAAAUCAGACACUGACAAAAAAAAAAAGGAUUCAACAUGGAUAAUGAGAGCGAGAAACAACGCGCUGCAUUUUUCACACCGAUUGAACAAGAGACAAUCAUAGCAGCAUACAACGACUACGUUCAUAUAUUCCAUAAAAAAAGCAAUACAUCAGCUGCAGCAAAGGAACGGGAGCUUGCGUGGAAAACAAUAGCGGAUAGAGUUAAUGCAUGUAACCCUGGAGGCAGUAGAAGAACGUGGCAGCAAGUGAAAGUCAAGUACAAAAACAUAAUUCAAACAGCCAAUAGGAAGAAGGCUGAGGCCCGUAAGACGGGAGGGGUGCCCCCUCCACCACCGUUCUCUCCCGGUGAAGAGCAGGGUCCCUCGCAGAACAGCGGAAGCGGGCCAGUCACGGAUGGCAUUCCAGGGGCUAGUUCAUCUGAGCCAGCUACGCCCCAGGACACAAGCGCCUAUAUAAAGGUGAAUGAUGGAGACUUCCAGUCGGUUGACCAUUGUACAAAAAUAGAUGAAGAUGAGGAGAUUCUCACAAGGGUAUUCACUGACGGGCCUACGGAGCAAAGCAUGGCUCCUGCUCCUGCACGUUCUCCUCCAGCACGUUCUCCCCCAGCUGUGGAGCCCUCGACCUCCAGACAACAUCUUAGCACAAAGCCUGUGGAGGAGUUGUACAAAGUCCAUUUAGAGAGAAAAAUUGAGAAGUCUGACCUGGAGAUCACUCACUUGAAGCUACAAAUUAGGAAAACGGAGCUUGAGACAGCGAUAUUAGAGCACCAGUUGAAGGAAAUACAGAGGAAAUAAAUGGGGGAGGCGAACCACCAUUUUGGAUUUAUUUUUAUUUUUUUAACAUUGUGCUGGAGAGGCAGGGCACUGCGGCCAACGUUGUGGAGCUGUCAGUUUUAAGUGAUGAUUUGCACCAGAUUCAAACCCCCCGUUGAACGUGCUUUUCACUGGCUCACAAGGAAACUGAGGCCUGAAACCCCCAGCAAAGACACAGCCAUGGAAAGGGCCCAGAGCGGCUCGGAGGAUCAUGGACCUGCUGACGUCCACGGGCCGCAGCCUCGAUGCAGUCAUCAGGUGUAAGGGGCGCGCAACCAAAUAUCCACCCCGCAAGUCCUUAAAUUGAUCAAAACUUACUUUGCAAACAUGAAAUAGUCGGAGACUCGACUCAUUGAAUGGUAUUGUUGUAACAUAGUUCAUUGUAGGUUAAACAAAUCAUGAAGUAAAUGUAUAACUGUAUAUACUGUAAUAACUGUAUACCAAGAGGAAAAAUUGUAAUUACCCUGGGUGAGCAUUUGUAAAAAAAAAAAAAACAAGUUUAGGCUAUAUUACAUAUUUUCUAGAGAGAAAAUAUAGUAUUUUAUUCUUCAGUUUUAGAAAAGAAAUUAUUAAUUGCACCCAGUUCAAGGAAUUAUUUCUGCAUAGACAAUGUUGAAAAUAUGGCAACCACACAUUCUUUAUUUCUCAGGUGAAGGUUGCCUGAAACGGUUUCUGCAUUUGCAGGGAAGGGUAACGCUGUUGCCAUUAAGUUAUUGAGAAGUGCGCAAGACGUUCAAGAAACUUUCACUGAGCAGGGCCGCAGCUGGGAUCUUAAAGGAAGUGAUGUCAAAGUUGGAGACCACUUCACUUGCCUUGCGCCCAAAGAAUCAGGACUGGCAGAGAACUUGGGCAUCGCCCCCCCCCCCCCGUGCAAAGAAUGGUGAGAGUGACAGCCAUCGGUUGGCACCCAGCUUGGGACUGUUCAGUGCAACACGGAACACCUGCCAACUGCCAAGCUGCAGUGUGGAGGAGAGGCCUACUGGCCCAGUGACCCCCAGCCCUGUCGGAGGCUGAUGGAAAGUGGAUCGCGUGACUCGGACUGCAGUUGGCCCGGCGAUGAGACUGGAUGGAAGGGACCGCCGGCUCCAGAGGCAGUGUUGGAUUUGCUUUCAUGCAACUGCAGUAAAAAAAAAAAAAAAUGUUUUUUUAACUUUUUAAAACGUGUCUGCUUGGCAAAUGGACUUAUGCGUGCCAUUGUGUACGGACUCAAGCCCUAUGACAGACAGACAGCCACAAGACAUGAUGAUAGUACUGAUGAAGAUGAUUAUUGGACUCUACUGCAAACAGGAGUAAAUUAUGUUUUUGUUUUAUAAACAAAAAAUAUGAAAUAUAAAAGGAAUAGAACAAC